AUUAAUAGCCAGUCCGAGCUGCGUCCUCUGCUGCUAAGUUCCUUUCUGUCCUGGCUGACUGGCGUGCUGACGAGGGCACCCACCCGAAAGGGCAGUGACGGCGGUUGGAUUAAAGGAUCAUUCCUGUACGGAUUUUCAUUGAAUGGAGAUGGACGACGCGAAUUCUAGUGGUGUGAAAAGCAACCGACUUUAAAUGACAUUCGCCGGGUGUGUUUUUGAAGUCUAAAGAACACAAGUGGAUGUGGCCUAAUAACUGACAGCUCCACUGCGAAAUGAUGGAUUUGAGUACAAGACCCCCGACAGGGAGGACAAUGAAGGGCCGCGCCCCCCCGCCUCCUCCUGCCCCCCAGCCUGCACCUCGCAGGGUCUUCCGCAACGCCGUGCCCGACGGCGGUGGUCCUCCGGGAAGAGACGGCAAAGAGAACGCCCUGCGCCCCACCGUGGACCUCCACGUCACCCUGCCCGCCGGCUACCAGACCACCAUCAACGCGGACGGCAGGAAAGCUCUGAUGGACCUGCUGGUGGACUUGUGCAGUCAGUACCGCCUGAAUCCGGCGUAUCACACCCUGGAGCUGCUCUCGCCUGAGGCCCAACCCGUGGCCUUCAAGCCCAAUGCCCUGCUGGGCACUCUGGAUGUGUCCUGCGUCCUCAUCAAGGAGCGGGUGGUGGAGGAGCGCGUGCUGAGGAAGCCCCCACCCAAAGUGCCCGAGAAGACCGUGCGCCUGGUGGUGAACUACCACCAGGGCCAGAAGGCGGUUGUGAGGGUGAGGCUCUCUGAGCCCCUGCGCUCCCUCCUGCCAGUCAUCUGCCAGAAGUGCGAGCUCGAUCCCGCCCACGUGCUCCUGCUCCGCGACCGCCUUGCCGCCCACGAGCUGGACCUGUGCCAAUCCCUUGCCGAGCUGGAGAUCCGCGAGCUCUACGCCUUCGACCAGACCCUGGCUCUUCAGACUAAAAUGGCUUCGUCUCCUUCCCUCAAUCAUUCAGUAGAGACUCUUCACUCUCCUACGGGGAGAGUCAGCGGAACAGAAAAGAAGGGGCUUCUGGGCUUGUUCAAGUUCAAUCGCAGGAAGUCUAAGACAGAAGAGCUGGGCUCUGAGGACAUGGAUGAGCUCGAUGAUAGUGUUACGCACAGUACAGACACUUGCGUGAAUGGCUUGUCUAUGGUGGGUGGGCCAUGUGUGGAGGUGCGGCCCAACACUCUGGGUCAGUCACAGUCUGCGAUGAACCUCUCAAGGCUCUCCCCCAAAAUGGACCGCAAGAAACGCCAUGCUCCGCCCCCACCGCACACACCCGUGAGCUGUCCGGACUCACAGCCAAAGCCGGGCUCACCUCGACCAGCCAGCCAGCUGAAGAAGCGCAAGGCUCCAGCUCCCCCAGCCAUGCCUUCACCAGAGCCUCCCCUGACCACCCCUGCUCCCACCGUCCACGUCCCAGCUCCGCGCACGGGCUGUGGCCCAGCCCAGGCUCCGCCCACAAGCUGCGCACCGGCUCAAGACCCUCCCGCGAGUCACGUGCCGGUCCACGAGGGCGGCAGCCCGGCCUCGGGCGAUGACACCUCGUCCGAACUGAGCCACAGCAUCGAGGACUCGGAUCUGGCCGGCUCCCUCGGCCGCAGCUCCAGCAGCGACGAUGCCGCCAACGACUCGGCCGCCAGCAGCCUGUACGACGAGCCCAUGGCUGAGCUGCCUGCUCAGAGGUCAGCCAGCUCUGCGCCGGAGCCGGAACGGAGUCUGCCCAAAACAGAGUCUGCCCAAAAUCCCCAACCUGCUCCCAGGAACGCCGCAAAACGAGAGCCGCGUGCGAGCCCCACGCCAAAGGAGAAGGAGCCAGCGCUGGAGCUCAAAAUGGAGGACAUGGAGGACAGCCGCCACAGUGCAAUAGGGUCUGGCCGCUACGUGCCGCCCAAACCCCGGCGGGUCCCCUUGCGGGAGCCAGGUCGCGUGGCCAGAGGCCCCACACCGUCCAGCCCUCCCCCACCGCCAGGACAGGGCCAGCACGAGGCGCCCCUGGACAUCUCCGUGGAGACAGCCCGUCACUCCUGGGUGCACUCAGCGGAGCAGGGUGUGGAGCAGGAAGCAGAGACCGCGUCCGUGUGCAGUAGCGAGAGCUUCGCGGACCAGGGCUACGCAGCGUCUGAGGGCCUGGCUGAAGACUCGGUCCCGCUUGGCUCUCCGUGCGAGCUGGCCCAGCCAACCUCACCAGAAGACACCUCCCUGGGCCGCGACCCCACGUCAACCCCCAGCCGGCCCAAAGACUGCUCCAGCGAUAGCGAUGAGGGCUGUGCUACCUGGGGGUCGCGUCACAGCGGGGACGUGCGACGAGAGCCGCGGCCGGGCGGGACACCGAAGGGCUUUGUGGACGACGCCGAGGUCACAGCUCAGAUCAACCUGACCCUGGCCGACCUGGACGCGGAACUAGCAGUGAAUCACUCGGGUGAGGCCCCUGUAUGUGUGGAUGAUGACAUCCUCAUGUCCUUUGUUGACAUGGACAUUCCGGUUACAACCAUCGACGAAGUGCCCGGUGACGAUCGUCCCAGCGUCAGAGAUGAGCAUCAGAGAAAAGAAGACGUCAGCAACAGCUUGAAAAAUGCAAGUGUCCAAGACAAAAACAACAAUGCUUGCAUGUCAGAAAAAGCAAGCAGUGGUCACACCCAAGCAGAUUGGAUUCAGCCGUUCAGCCAGGAGGUUGUUACCAGGCCUGGGAUUAAAGCUCAAGUUCACCACAAGAAGGUUGUGAGUCACGAUGUGUCAGAGAGGUCUCAACGUCCUGUUGUCAAGACUCCUGAGAAUGUUCUGGAAAGAAGACUAGAGCCUCCACCCUUUGUCCAGAGCCACAGUAUGGUAACUUCUGAAAUAGACAGAGCAUCAUCUAAAGCACCCUCUUUCGCUCAAAUCAAGAUCACCCAGAACCCUGUAUCUAGAUUUGGCCUAAAAACCUUCACUGUUAUUCCUCCCAAACCAACCAUAUCCCAGACUCCCAAACCUGUCCACUCCAUGGACCAAGGUGCCAUUAAGAUUGACGAGUUUGGCAACAUGGUCAAACAAAGAGCUGCACCCAUAGACAAAUACCAAAACCUUGGUGAGGCAACCAACAACCCAGACUCCCCACUCGUGGGCAAAGCCAAGGCCUUCUGGAGUUCAGCCAAGAAGCAGGGUCCUGCAUCUGACACCCACAAAGGAGAUUCUGUGAAUGCUUCGGAAGUUGGAGUGUCCAAAACUAUACCUGUAGCAGUAGUAUCUCAGCCUUCAGAGAAAUCGAAUGAAAAGGAACCACUGAAAAAGGUCAGCGGGCCAACAAGCAACCCAGCAUCUACAGCGGAGAACAAGCUUCCCAUGUCAGAUCCUGCUGAAACUGCAACCUUGACAAGGCAGAUGAAAGAUCUUUCAUUCCUCAAGCCUUCCAGAAGAACUUCCAGUCAUUAUGUAGCCUCAGCUAUUGCUAAGUACACAGGAAAUCCCUCCACUCAGGUAGAUGGAAUUCCAGGGCUUUCGGAAUCAACUUCCAGUAAACAAUCUAGCAGCCAAGGCUUCAGGCAGACUACAAAUAUACACACAAUAUCAAACCAUAAGGAUACGCAGGCCUCUGCGAACCCAGUACCAUAUUUUGCUGGACCUAAGCGGUCACUUAGCUACUCAGGACACGUCUUAGAGAAGCAAACAACCUUUGAACACCCGCAGACCAAUAUUACAGGGAAGGAGAUGUUUUUUGGGACAGACGGCACUGAAUCUCUGAACGCUAACCCACUAGAUAACAAGCCUCGAGUGCACACACAGACAUCUACAUGCUCUGAGCCUACAAAGCCCUCUUCUAAAGAGGGUGUGUCCACAAAAAUAACCCCCGAAAAGGCCUCACCUGUACAGAGCCUGACGAAAACCACUCGUCCAGCUAUACCGAAGAAGCCAGAGCUGCACACCCCUGGCGUACUGGCCAGGACAACCCAGACUAGCAUGUUUGGGCCAGUAAUGAAGUUUAAGCCAAUGAUUCAGAAGUCAAUGGAGAAGGAGUCCUCUCUUCACAGCUCUCUAAUGGAAGCCAUUCAGUCUGGAGAGGGAAUUGAACGACUCCAUAAGGUGUCCAGGUCUCCCAGGGCAAGUCCUUUGAAGAAACCGUGCUAUGUGGAGGCUGAGAACGAGCGUUCUGCACUUCUGUCAGCCAUCAGAGCUCAAAGUAACUCUGCAAGACUGAAGAAGACCAGAUCAGAGGCGGCUGUGGAGCUGGAGCGUUUCAGGAACGGAGAGGACAACAGAGCUGUCCAAAACGACACAACCCCACCAACUCCUCCCGAGCCCCCUGCAUUUGCACCUCCUCCACCUCCGGCCUUCACUCCGCCUCCUCCACCGCCACUCUCAGCCCCACCUGCCCCGCACUCAGUCCCACCCUCCCUGCCCAUAGCCACGCCCAAGCCUGCACUGGUACUGCCCCCAGGGGGUAACCCAGAGCUAGCCAGAGAGGUCCUACUGGAGGCCAUCCGCUCGGGCUCUGGAGCCGAACGACUUAAGAAGGUCCCCAUGACAUCAAAUACGGUGAAGGUCAACGGAAGGUUGGGCACCAUCCAGGUGUCUCCUCAGGUUUCUAAAGAGCACUAGAAACCCUCUCCACUUUCUGAAGAACACUAGAAACUGCCUCAAAUUCAGCUUUUGGGUUCUUUUAGGGCAUUAGCUAAAUGUAGUAUUUAGGCCUUCUCAGAAAGUUGCUGAUCUUGCCUACAUAUUCCUGUACUACCCCUCUCCCACCCUAGUUUAUUUAUUUAUUUGUUAUUAGUCAUAUGCUGCUAUAUGCCUUUUUAGUUUGCUUAAGCUCAAGCAAGAUUUUUAUUUUCAGAUGUUAAAAACAGAAAAUUUUGGAUUAGAUUACCCUGUGUAAUGAGUGUAUAUUGUAUAAUUUGCGGGCACAUUCAUUUAAAAUUUUUAUAUAUAUAUAUAUAUAAAAUAUAAAACAAUUUUUUUUUAAAUACACAAAAGCAAUCUGUCUGCUCCCUCUUCAGUCCAUCAGUGUUUGCCCAAACGUUCACAGGGGUUUCUGGUUUGAAUGUGUUAUCUGGAGGGCAUCAGGAAACUGCCAGUCACCCUUAUGCUUGGUGCUAAUGCGAUGUUCGCUGUGUUUGGAUUACCUUGGAGCAUGACUGUGAGUGCAUUUAUUUUUUCUUUAUUUCUUUUUAAAUUAUCUAUAGAGAGAUUCUCAAAGUGAUGAGAAAUCAUUUAAGCAGACAGGAGUGUGUAGGUUUUCUUUCUGACAAGGCAACUGUUCUUGAGGCUUCGUAGUCUUAUGUACAUCAAAAGCAGACGUUUGUGUUAAAAUACACUGGCUUUCGAAGGGGUUAAAAGAUGAAUCAUUAAUCUUGUGGUCACAAAUGUUUUAUAGCAGUCCAGCUGGCUUUGCCUGUAAAACGUUCAAAUUACUGAAGCAAACGCUACCUUGUCAUACAUGAUCAGAGGCUUAUUAAUAUCUAUUAAUACUUUUUCACCAUGCUGCUAAAGUUUUUGCUAAGACCUAUAUUUAUGCCAUUUUGAAAAAAGAAAAAAAAUCAAGUCACUACAUAUAUGUUAAUUGAGUCCAAGUUCAUUAAGUUAUAAAUCUUUAAUUUGUGCAGUAAAGCAGACCACAUGACAGAUCUAUCAAAGAUGUAGACAGGUCUUGCGUUCAGACGUAUGAGAUAUUAUAUGGAUGUUAUAGACACAUGUUGACUUAUUGUUUUUGUUUGUUUGCUUUUUUAAGAAUUGUAUAUUUUGUCCUGUUGACUAGGAAUUGUUUAUUUGAUUAAUUUUGAGAUUAGACACCACAAUGUGGGUGCAACUUUUUUUUUUAUUUGUAAUAAGUGUUUCUGAAGGAUUAAACAAACUCGAAUCACAUUUUGAAUCAAUAAACAAUUUUGUAAUCA